GAGGUGCCCUGCUCGGGGCAGCGCUGCCUGGGGUCGCUGGUGCUGCCGCGGCCGCUGCCCGCCCCCACCCCCGAGGGGACGCGACCGCCCGAGGAGCUGCUGGAGCUGGCCCGGGACUUCAUCACGCAGUACUACGUGUCCCUGCGGCGGGAGAACUCGCCGGCGCACACGCAGCGGCUGCGGGAGGUGGCCGCCGCCAUCGCGGCCUCGGGCUCGUACCGGCUGCGGGAGCCCGAGCUCGCCUUCGGUGCCAAGCAGGCCUGGCGGAACGCGGCGCGCUGCGUCGGCCGCAUCCAGUGGAACAAGCUCCAGGUGUUUGAUGCCCGGGACUGCGCGGGGCUGGGGGAGAUGUUCAGCCUCCUCUGCUCCCACAUCCAGUUCGCCACCAACCGCGGCAACAUCCGGUCCGCCAUCACCAUCUUCCCCCCGCGGGCUCCGGGCCGCGGCGAUUUCCGCAUCUGGAACCCGCAGCUGAUCCGCUACGCGGGCUAUCGGCAGCCCGACGGCUCCGUGCGGGGCGACCCUGCCAACGUGGACAUCACCGAGCUCUGCAUCCAGCACGGCUGGACCCCCGGGGGGGGCCGCUUCGACGUGCUGCCGCUGCUGCUGCAGAGCCCCGACGAGUCCCCCGAGCUCUUCCCGCUGCCCCCGGAGCUGGUCCUGGAGGUGCCGCUGCACCACCCCACGCUGGAGUGGUUCUCGGAGCUGGGGCUGCGCUGGCACGCGCUGCCGGCCGUGGCCAACCUGCUGCUGGAGAUCGGGGGGCUCGAGUUCCCCGCGGCGCCCUUCAACGGCUGGUACAUGGGCACCGAGAUCGGCUCCCGGAACCUCUGCGACCGCCACCGCUACAACGUGCUGCCCGAGGUGGCCCAGCGCAUGGGGCUGGACACAGGAACCAGCUCGUCCCUCUGGAAGGACCGGGCAGCAGUGGAGGUGAACGUGGCCGUGCUGCACAGCUUCCAGGUGGCCCAGGUGACCAUCGUGGACCACCACGCGGCCACCGAGUCCUUCAUGAAGCACCUGGCGGCAGAGGGGCAGGCGCGGGGCGGGUGUCCCGCAGACUGGGCCUGGAUCGUGCCCCCGCUCUCGGGCAGCCUCACACCUGUGUUCCACCAGGAGAUGGUCAACUACCACCUGAGCCCCACCUUCCGCUACCAGAGCUUCUCCAAGGCCCUGAUGGAGAUGACAUCGCCCUACACCGGCACCUCCCAGGCGGAGCCGCCCAUGAGCUACAAGCUGCGGUUCAACAGCGUCUCCCAGUCCGACCAGCUCGUGUCCUCCUGGAAGAAGAAGCGGCGGCAGCUGAGCAACACAGACAGUGCGGGAACCUUGGGAGCCCUGCGGUUCGCGGUGUUCGGGCUGGGGUCCCGGGCGUACCCCCACUUCUGUGCCUUUGCGCGGGCCGUGGACACGCGGCUGGAGGAGCUGGGCGGGGAGCGGGUGCUGCCCCUGGGCGAGGGUGACGAGCUGUGCGCCCAGGAGGAGUCGUUCCGCACCUGGGCACGCCAGGUGUUCCAGGCUGCCUGCGAGACAUUCUGCGUGGGGGACGGGGCCGCGGGGGCCGAGGAGCUGUUCGCCCCGCCGCAGGGCUGGAAGCGCCAGAGGCACCGGCUGGUGCCACAGCCCCAGGCCACCGAGACUCUGGCCGCGCCACGAUCCCCCCCAUCCCCAGGCGGGCCCAGCCCCGGGCCCUGCUGGGUGCUGCAGCCCCGGCUGCCCCCCUGCACCCUGGCCCAGGCUCUCACCUUCUACCUGGACGUGGCGGCGCCCCCGACCCCGCAGUUCCUGCAGCUCCUGGGCUCGCUGGCGCGGGACCCCGCGGAGCGGGAGCGGCUCCAGCGCCUGGCGCAGGACGCGCGGCUCUACGAGGAGUGGAAGUGGUUCCGGUGCCCGACGCUGCCGGAGGUGCUGGCCGAGUUCCCGUCCGUGGCUCUGCCGGCCGCGCUGCUGCUCUCCCAGCUCCCGCUGCUCCAGCCCCGCUACUACUCCAUCAGCUCCGCGCCCGGCGCGCACCCGGGCGAGAUCCACCUCACCGUGGCCGUCGUCACCUACCACAGCGAGAACGGGCAGGGUCCCCUCCACUACGGCGUCUGCUCCACGUGGCUGGCGCGGCUGCAGCCGGGGGACACAGUGCCGGCCUUCAUCCGGGGGGCCCCCUCGUUCCGGCUGCCGCCCGCCCCCGACACCCCCUGCAUCCUCGUGGGCCCCGGCACCGGCGUCGCGCCCUUCCGCAGCUUCUGGCAGCACCGGCUGCACCUGCUGCGCACCGGAGGUGGCCCCCUGGGCCCCAUGGUGCUGGUGUUCGGGUGCCGCUCGCCCGCCCUGGACCACAUUUACCGCGAGGAGAUGGAGGAGGCGCGGCAGCAGGGCGCCCUCAGCCAGGUGCUCACGGCCUUCUCCCGCGAGCCCGGGAGCCCCAAGACGUACGUGCAGGACGUGCUGCGGGCACAGCUGGCGGCCGAGGUGCACCAGGUGCUGUGCCAGCGCGGGGGCCACAUGUACGUGUGCGGGGACGUCACCAUGGCCACCGAGGUGCUGCAGACCGUGCAGCACAUCCUGGCCCAGGAAGGCGGCAUGACCCUGGGGCAGGCGGGGGACGUCAUCAGCGAGCUGAGGGACAAGAACCGCUACCACGAGGACAUCUUCGGGCUGACGUUCCGCACGCAGGAGGUGGCCCUGCGCAUCCGCAGCCAGUCCUUCUCCCUGCAGGAGCGGCGCCCGCCGGGCCCGGCGCCCUGAGCGGGGACGGGGACGGGGACAGGGCACCCCUGUGGCUGUGCCCCCUCCCGCCACCCCCAGUAAAGGUUUAGUUUUGAUACCCCCGGCCCGA